AAGAGGGGAACGGGGCGUGGCCAGGCCGACUAGUAGGCAGCGUGGGAUUUAGGGGAAGAGGGUUUAGAGUGUGGGGGUGUCUGUUUUGCGUCCACCGUGGCUGGGAGAGGGAGAUGGCAGCUCGAUGGAGCAGCGAGAAUGUGGUGGUGGAGUUCCGCGAUUCCCAGACCAAAUCAAGGCAUCAGCCGGCUGUGUUCUCACUUGGAGGCUACACUAAAGAAGAAUCCACUUCCAUGCUCCUUCAGUUUGCUGGAAAAUCCUGAUUUGAGGGAUAGUAGGAUUGAGACUUCUGUUUUCCUCUGGUUGUUAUGUAGAGGCUGGUUGCUGUCAGCUCCUAGAGGCCUUUCAGGCCUUGCUGUGUGGCCACUCCUACUUCUGAAGCCAGCGGCAACUGCAAUGUCUGUGGACUGUCUUGGGCAGCAUGCAGUGCUUUCUGGUCGCAGAUUCCUGUACAUCGUCAAUCUAGAUGCUCCUUUCGAAGGUCACCGGAAAAUCUCUCGUCAGAGCAAAUGGGACAUCGGAGCUGUGCAGUGGAAUCCUCAUGACAGCUUCGCACAUUAUUUUGCAGCUUCGAGUAACCAACGGGUGGACCUUUAUAAGUGGAAAGAUGGCACUGGGGAAGUUGGCACCACCUUACAGGGCCAUACGCGCGUCAUCAGCGACUUGGACUGGGCAGUGUUUGAACCAGAUCUCCUGGUCACCAGCUCGGUGGACACCUACAUCUACAUUUGGGAUAUCAAAGACACAAGGAAACCCACUGUUGCACUCUCUGCUGUAGCUGGUGCUUCCCAGGUCAAAUGGAAUAAAAAAAAUGCAAACUGCCUCGCCACCAGCCAUGACGGUGAUGUACGGAUAUGGGAUAAGCGGAAACCCAGUACAGCAGUAGAAUAUCUAGCAGCCCACCUCUCCAAAAUCCACGGCCUGGACUGGCAUCCAGACAGUGAGCACAUUCUCGCUACCUCCAGUCAAGACAACUCUGUCAAGUUCUGGGAUUACCGCCAACCUCGGAAGUACCUCAAUAUUCUCCCUUGCCAGGUGCCUGUCUGGAAGGCCAGAUACACACCUUUCAGCAAUGGAUUAGUGACUGUGAUGGUUCCCCAGUUGCGGAGGGAAAAUAGUCUGCUCCUGUGGAAUGUCUUUGAUUUGAACACUCCCGUCCACACCUUUGUGGGACACGAUGACGUGGUGCUGGAGUUCCAGUGGAGGAGACAGAAGGAAGGUUCCAAGGACUACCAACUGGUUACAUGGUCCCGGGAUCAGACUUUGAGAAUGUGGCGAGUGGAUUACCAGAUGCAAAGGCUCUGUGCCAAUGACAUAUUAGAUGGUGUUGAUGAGUUCAUUGAGAGCAUUUCUCUUCUGCCAGAACCAGAGAAGACCCUGCACACUCAAGAUUCAGAUCACCAGCAUAACUCAAGCCAUGGAGAGGAAGAAGUGGUUAAGGAAGAUCCCCCUAGCAGUCUCCUGGAAGAGAGGAAGUCAGAUCAAAAACCUUGCAGUUUUCCUGCUAAGAAGUUGUGGGUCUGUGUCUUGCAGAUGGACGCUGCAGAUAGGAGCUGCACGGUGUCCGCGCACUGCAGCAGCCACCGUGUCAAGAUGCUGGUGAAGUUCCCAGCUCAGUACCCCAACAAUGCCGCCCCUUCCUUCCAGUUUAUUAACCCCACAACCAUCACAUCGACCAUGAAAGCUAAGCUGCUAAAGAUCCUGAAGGACACUUCCCUGCAAAAAGUGAAACGCAACCAGAGCUGUUUGGAGCCCUGCCUGCGCCAGCUCGUCUCCUGCCUUGAGUCUUUUGUGAACCAAGAAGACAGUGCUUCUAGUAACCCGUUUGCGCUCCCAAACUCCGUCACACCACCUUUGCCAACUUUUGCGCGGGUGACCACGGCCUAUGGGUCAUACCAGGAUGCCAAUAUUCCCUUUCCUAGGACUUCUGGGGCCAGGUUCUGUGGAGCAGGUUACCUGGUGUAUUUCACAAGGCCCAUGACAAUGCAUCGAGCAGUGUCUCCAACAGAACCCACUCCCAGGUGA